GCUGGCUCUGCUCAACUCUUCAAAUGUCUUCGAGUCCCGAUUGCGUGUCUGGCUUGCAGCCCAUUUGUGGGGACCGCUUUCUGGACAUGAUAAAAUCUCGCUGGAUUUGCCCCUGAUCCUCCUGCUUCGCUCCCGCAGCUGCCGUCGCGCAAUCGAGCAACAGACCCAACCCGUAGUACGCUCACGGCACUCGAUACUCGUCCCUUAACUCUUGACCGUCAGUUCACAAUGGCCGGCCUCAGCCCGCAAAUAACAAACCUGAUCAUCAUCCUCGGCAUGAUGCAGGUCGCCAAGAAGAUCCCUUUCGAUGAUCCCACAGUUCUCAACCUUUGCCGGGCCGCAUACGUCGCAAGCAACCUCAUCAUUCUGGGCAUCUACCUUUACAUCAAGGUCGUGAUCGACAAGAAGAAGGAUAUGACCACGCUCAAGUACGUCGAGCCGGCGCCACUGGGCUCAAGCGAGGAGGGCAAGCUCGUCACCACGACGGUCCACGCAUACGACAUCGGCCAGCUGAAGAACCUCAUCCGCGCGCAGGGCAUGGGUGUGCUUAUGAUGGCCGUCAUGCACCUCUACUUCAAGUACACGAACCCGCUGCUCAUCCAGAGCAUCAUCCCGCUCAAGGGCGCGCUCGAGGCAAACCUGACCAAGAUUCACAUCUGGGGCCAACCAGCCUCUGGCGAUCUGAAGAGGCCCUUCAAGCAAGCUGCCGGUUUCAUGAGCGGGCUGCAGAGUGGUCCUGCGCAAGCCGACAAGAAGGCGGUCGAGUCUGCCGAGCGUGCCGGCCGCGGCGGCGUGAAGGAAGAGUAAACUGCAUGUCCAUAAUCUGGCUGCAUGGGUGCUGGGGAAUAUGUGCAGUGUCUCUGCUAGGUGUUGCGGACAUCCUGACAACAAGGGUAAUAGACGGAAGGAAAGACGGGUACCCGGAGCA